UAAUAUGUUGCCCCAAAUGGGUGUCUUGUUUUUCUAACUGCUAAGGUUUCACUUUACUUUUUAUACUCUCUCUUAGAAAUAUCAUCUGAUGUUCUUCCUCGGAUUUUGGAGGAGGAAUAAUUGAGCAAUUAUUAUUCUUUACACACAAGUUCCUAUUUAGCUUUUGCCUUUAAUUUGUGGGUUAUUAUUCACUUAUAUAUUUAUUCUCAAUCUUUUCACUUGGAGUUGUUUGGAGACUCAGAAAAUUUAGAAAUGGAUGAUGAGUAUGCAAAGCUUAUCAGGAGGAUGAACCCACCCAGAGUUGUAAUCGACAACCAUUCUUGCAAGGAUGCAACUAUUAUUCAGGUUGACAGCGUCAACAAAUUCGGAACCCUCCUGGAAGUUGUCCAAGUUCUUACAGAUUUAAACCUUGUAAUAAAAAAGGCUUACAUCUCAUCUGAUGGGGGAUGGUUCAUGGAUGUGUUUAACGUGAUCGACUGUGAUGGGAAUAAAAUUAGAGAGGAAGGGAUCAUCAAUUAUAUCCAAAAGACACUUGAAAGUGAUGAUGCAUUCUUUCUACCCUCAUUGAGAGGUUCUGUUGGGGUGAUGCCUUCUGAAGAGCACACCUCAAUCGAACUAACUGGUACAGACAGGCCUGGUUUAUUGUCCGAAGUAUGUGCGGUUCUUGCAGACCUUCACUGUAAUGUGGUAAAUGCUGAGAUAUGGACACACAAUUCUAGAGCUGCAGCUGUGGUUCGUGUCACGGAUGAUUCAACUGGAUGUGCCAUCGAAGAUCCUCAACGGCUCUCAACAAUAAAGAAACUGCUUUGCAAUGUUCUUAGAGGAAGCAAUGACUGGAAGACUGCAAAAACAAUGCUCUCACCACCUGGGGUUAUGCAUCGGGAGAGAAGAUUACACCAGAUAAUGUUUGCAGAUCGGGACUAUGAAGGAGUUGAACAGGGGAGAAUUGAGGGUAAGAGCUCAAGACCGCAUGUAAACGUGAUGGAUUGUAUUGAAAAGGAGUAUACAAUAAUUACUAUGAGGUCAAAAGACCGGCCGAAGCUGUUGUUUGAUGUUGUCUGCACCCUCACUGAUAUGCAGUAUGUAGUCUUCCAUGGUGUAGUGCACACGGGGAAGAUGGAAGCGUAUCAGGAAUACUAUAUCAGACAUGUUGAUGGGCUCCCAAUAAGGUCAGAGGCGGAGAGAGAACGUGUCGUGAAGUGUCUUGAGGCAGCAAUUGAGAGGCGAGCGUCUGAGGGACUGGAGCUGGAACUGUGCACCGAAGACCGGCCUGCACUUCUCUCGGACAUUACCAGGAUAUUCAGAGAGAAUGGGUUGUGUAUCAAAAGAGCAGAAAUUUCAACAGUAGGCGGAAAGGCCAAGGACACUUUCUAUGUCACAGAAGUGGCAGGGAAUCCAGUUGCCGCUGAAACUGUUGACUCCAUUCGUAGACAAAUUGGACAAGUUGGAAAAACUAUACUGCAUGCUAAAUGGAACACAAGUCCCUUACCAGAGCCCCCUCGAGAGACAGGAAUGAGCUUCCUUUUCGGGAACCUCUUUAAAGCUCGAACUUUCCAGAAUCUCAAACUGAUUAGAUCAUAUUCUUGAAACCUUCCUGUAUAUAUAUAGCAUCGCUCGUGUACAAAAUGUGCAGAUACAUCAGCUGUUUGGCUUAAAAGAAAACAGAAAUACAAGAGGGAUGGUAAAUAACACUGUAAGUAGGAAUCUUCCUUCCCUCAGUGUUACCUCCAGAUACUGAAUAGAAGAAACUGAAAAACCACUGUAGACUGUAAAAUUUAGUGCAGGGUUUAGUAUUUAUACAUCUGUGUAUGUCAUGUAAGUAUACCUCUGUACAGUGUGAUCACUUGGGUUGUACAAAUUAGACAAUAGUUGUGCAGAUAAUUUGAGUUUAUGAAGAUGUAAAUAUUGAAUAUUA